AUGUUCAGAAACAACUACGACAACGACUCUGUCACAUUUUCACCUCAAGGUCGAAUAUUUCAGGUCGAAUAUGCUCAAGAGGCUGUCAAGCAAGGUUCCGUAGUUGUGGGAAUCACCAGCAAGAAACAUGUCGUCCUGACGGCACUGAAGAGAAACGCAGAAGAACUCUCGUCGUACCAGAAAAAGAUCGUCGGUGUGGAUGACCAUCUGGGAGUCGCCCUCGCCGGCCUUGCCUCUGAUGCCCGCGUCCUCUCGAACUUUAUGAAGCAGCAGUCCCUAUCCUCCAAGAUGACAUACGGCCGACCCAUCCCGGUCGAGCGCAUCGUCAACAUGAUCGGCGACCGAGCCCAAACCAACACACAACACUACGGCAAGAGACCCUACGGUGUCGGACUGCUAGUGGCUGGCGUCGACGAGCUGGGACCUCACCUGUUUGAAUUCUCUCCCUCGGGUCUGACGCAAGAGAUGCUGGCUUGCGCCAUCGGAGCCCGCAGCCAGAUGGCGCGAACAUACCUCGAGAGACAUCUAGACGAGUUUGCCGACUGCAGUAGGGACGAGUUGAUCAAGCACGCGUUGCUGGCGCUGAAGGAGAGUCUGGCCCAGGACAAGGAGCUGACGGUGGACAACACGAGUUUGGCAGUGAUAGGCGUGGGCGAGAAGGACGGCCGAAAGAAGCUUGAGAAAUUCAAACUCUACGAUGGACAAGAAAUUGGGCCUCUGUUGGAAGCGAAUGUCGAAUCGACGGGUGCAGAAGGUGGAGAGGGAGAUGCGAUGGAGACGGACUCGUAG